AUGCUCAUUGUGUCCAGCUGGGUAUUUUUCACCUGGUGGAACACAAUCAUGCAAAACGUGUCGGGGUGGUUAUUACUCGCUUGGUGGUUCUUCUGCGUGUUCAAGUUGCGAUGCCACGUGUGUGGCGACACUUGUGUGGAGUGUGCACCUAACUAUUACUCACCAAGCUGUUCCAUUUCAUGUAGAAGGUGUGAUACGACGUGUGUGACAUGCAACUCGAGCAGUGGGUAUUGCACAUCGUGUCAAGGUGGAUAUGCCACCACCAACAAAGUGUGUACAAUGUGUGCAAGUGGAUAUUACGAGCACAAUAACGCAUGCAAACAAUGUAAGAAUGGGACGCAUUCGUCGACAAGUGGGAGCACUGUAUGUGCGCCGUGUCAGGGCGGGUAUUACAGUCUGAUUGGGGAUUCCGAGUGUGUACAUUGUGAUGAUCUGUGUGGUGAUCACUGUGAUGCUGCAAGUGGGAAGUGUCUGAGUUGCAUAAGUGGAUAUGUCUUACAACCAAUGGGAGAGUGUGUUGGAUGUGAAAGUGGGCAAUAUGCAAAUGCAGCAACAAACAGCUGCAAGUUGUGUGCUGCUGGAACGUAUUCAAAGCAGAAUGCGCCGUCGUGCACAAAUUGUGGUGAUGGGACGUAUUCCAAAGAAGGUGCCACCAGCUGUACCGCAUGCGCAUCUGUUUGCAACACUUGUGACAAAACAACUGGCGUGUGUCUGACAUGCUAUUCAGGGUAUCAACUGAAUGCUUUGCAGAGCUGUGAGAUAUGCCAACGUUGGACAUACUCAUAUGGCAAAAAUUGUGUUGAAUGUGAAGAGAUGAAAUACCAAAGUGAAAAGGGGCAGUCUCUCUGUCUUGCAUGCAACACAGACUGCGCGUCAUGUGAUAAAACAGAUGGGAAGUGCACAACAUGCAAAGCUGGAUAUGGCUACGAUAGUGGAAUUUGCACGUUGUGUCAUGAUGGUUAUUAUUCCACAGGUGGGAAUGGAAGUUGCAUAGCGUGUCCAGUUAUUUGUGAUAAUUGCAUCAAAAAGAGUGGCGCGUGUUCGUCGUGUUCAUCUGGUUAUAAAAAAGUUGGAGAUAAUUGUACAUCUUGUGCAUCAAAUGGGAAUUGCAAUUCGUGUGAUUCAAACGAAAAUGAGAGCAACAGGGUGUGUGUUGAAUGUGCAGAGAAAUACUUUUUAAAUGAAGAACACAACAGAUGCUACUUGUACAACACAAUUGAUCCCAACUGUGACAAAUGUUCACGGAAUGCAAAGGUGUGUGUUGCAUGCAGCGAAAAAUUUGUGACAGAUUGCACUUCGUGUUACAAAUGUGAUGCAAGCAAAGUCAAAAUCGACACACAAAGUUGCAUGAAGUGCUUUGACGCCAUCAACAACUGCAACAGUUGCAUUUUCACAAACACCAAUUUUGUAUGUGUUGGGUGUUUUGCGCCAUAUGUUGUGUCAACUAACAGCAAGUCGUGUGUGUUGGGUUACACUGAAGGUACUCAUUACAACUACGGCACAAACAAAUCAACAUUAAAUGAUGGCAACUGUGUAAGACAGGUGAACACAACGUGUAUACAAUGCGAAAACACUCUGCUUGUCAACGGGAGUUGCAUUGGUGUUGAUAACAACUGCGUACGACACUCGACAACGACGUGUGAUGUGUGUGCAACAGAAACCAUCACAACAGCAAACUGUGGAGAAACCACAAAUAACUGCAAAUACACAAAAGUUGUGAGUGGCGUUGGCGAGUGUCUCCAAUGCAAAAGUGAUAACCUGUGUGGACUGCAACAGCAGCACUGCGCAAUAUCAAACAACUCGUUUUGUUAUUUGGCAGUAACUGGAUAUUCUUCGACAACAAAUGGAAUAAUGGAGUGUGUGAGUGGCACACUAUGUAUUCAAUUUGAAAACAAUGAAAUUGAUUGUAAAUGUGCAAAUCUAUAUGUGUUUGAUAGCAAUUACAAAUGUCAUGACGAUGUCAAAUGCAGCACAAUGAAGUCGAUUUAUUGUGUUGGAUGCGUCACAAAUCACCACAUUGAAGACUACACGUGCACACAAAACACAAUUGCAAACUGCGAAAUCCAAAACAAAGACAUCUGCAUCAAAUGUGAUGCAACUACAAUCACAUCAGAUGGGAAGUGUUACUCAACUGACAAUUUGGAUUGCGCCAAGUUUCAUGGGUGUUUGCGAUGUGCUGACAUGUAUUACAUCGAAAACGGCGUUUGUGUGCAGUGCGAGUACCCCUGCAUACACUGCUCAAAUCUGACAUUCUGCACAAAGUGUGACCGAUACUCCUAUCCUAACACAAACGGCAAUUGCACAACACUUGGAGAAAUCAUUACAACGUGUCUGGUGAUGAUGCCAAAUUACGAUGGAUGUGCUAUUUGCAAAGAUGGAUACAAACGAUCCACCGAUGGCACAAGUUGUGACAAAUGCGAUGAAUCGUGUGAAAAGUGUGAUGUCUUCGGCAACUGCAUUGACUGCAACAACACAUUCUAUCGCAUUGAUACAAGUGACAAAUACUGCAGACCACAAAGUGAGUUAAUUGGAUGUCUCAACACAAGCAUAUAUGGCUGCUUGAUAUGUGAAUAUGGGUACUAUAUACACACAAAUGUGUGUGAUAAGUGUGAUAACAACUGCACACUCUGCACAUCACCGACAGAGUGCACAAGUUGUAUUGCAACACACAUUUUAGUCGACUCACAGUGUGUCCAAUUUUCAACCAUUUCAAAUUGCAUUUCUGCAUCAAACAACAAGUGCGCACAAUGUGCUGAUAAUUUCAAAGUCAAUACAGAAGGCACUCAAUGCAAUAAAAAGACGAACUAUGGCUUGGUCGUAGUACUUCUUGUUGUUUUGACAUUAUUAUUUUUGGUAUUUCUUUUUGUAGUGACAUAUACAAAUUUUUAUCUGUUUAAUAAAAAGCAGAAGAAAGACAGAGAAAGGGGUGUUUGUGUAUUUCCAAUGAAAAAAUCGAAUAUUUUAAUGAAAGUACUUGGAAACAACAUUUUUACUAAUAAGACUGAAAUUUGUUUUAAUGAAGUUGAUGAUUUUGAAGAUUUGCUUAAAGUCAAUGUUGAAAGUCGAGAACUUCUAUGUGUUGGAAACUCUUCAAAAGGUGUUUUAAAAAUUCAAAUCACCACACAAAGUUCUUCUGAGAAAUACACAAUCAGAACAGAGCCAAAAAUAGUGAGUUUGAAGAGUGGAUUUGCAUGUGAAUUUGAAGUCUUUUUAACUCCCCAUUGUACACUCACUUUGGAAGACAAAAUUGCUGUUGUUACUUUGGAUAUAUCAACAGGGGGAAUGGCGACUUUCCCAAUAAACUUGUUUGUCAAAACAGAGAAGACGACGCGACUUGACUUCGAUGAUAUUGUUGAAGAGAAGAAACUUGGGGAAGGGUCUUUUGGUAUUGUGUAUAAAGGAAAUUACAGAGGAAAUGUUGUAGCGAUUAAAAAGAUGAAACAAAUUGAAAAUUCAUUAGAUGACAAUUCGAUUGAUGAAUUUACAAAGGAAGUUGGAAUGCUUGACAAAUUCCGCAGUGAGUAUAUCAUUCACUUUUAUGGAGCUGUUUUUAUACCAAGCAAAGUGUGUAUGGUCACCGAAUUUGCACAAUACGGGUCGUUACAAGAUUUGAUGAAACACAAAACAAGUGAUGAAGUUGAUAUGAACCUGAGGAUAAAAAUUAUGACGGAUGCGGCAAAGGGAAUAUCAUAUUUGCAUGAAAAUGGGAUACUGCACAGAGACAUCAAACCAGACAACAUUCUUGUGUUAUCACUCGAUUCAAAUGAAAACGUGAAUGCAAAAUUGACUGACUUUGGGUCAAGUAGAAAUAUCAAUUUGUUAAUGACAAAUAUGACAUUCACAAAAGGUGUUGGAACACCAAAGUAUAUGGCGCCCGAAAUCUUGAACAAAGAGAAAUUCAUCAAAAGUGCUGAUAUUUUUCAGACUUUUAAGUUUCCAUGGAAAAUUGCGGAGUUUGUGAUGUCAGGAAAGCGACUUGAAAGACGUGAAAAUAUAUACGUCAAUUUGUAUGAAAUUAUUCAAGCGUGUUGGGUUCGAGAAAAAGCAAACAGAGUCUCCAUUGAUGAAAUAGUUAAUAUGCUAAUAAUAUGA